AAAGCACGGUGCACCGCUAGAAACACGUGACGACCAUAGAGUAUACCGGAAGUGCUGGGAAGACCGGAGAGCUGCUGAGAACAUGCUGGAGGACUAGACGCUUAGUGGAGGAAGCUGACGUUAGACGAUAGAGCCUGUGCAAUCAUGGACCCGAAGCAGCCAGAGGAGGAUGAAGUCAUGGACCAGUUUAUGGAUAAGUUCCGGACACAGAAAUACAAGGGAGCAUUCGAUGAGGACAGCUGGGAGCAGGAGUUUGAGAAGAUUCCCAUGUUUAUGAAGAAAGCUCCAGAUGAAAUUAACCCAGAGAAAACUCCAGAGCUGGCUUGUCUUCAGUCUAUUCUGUUUGACAGCGAUCGCUCCCCUGAAGAACAAGCCAAAUCCUAUAAAGAAGAGGGAAAUGAAUACUUUAAAGAAAAGAAUUACAAGAAAGCCAUCAUUGCUUAUACUGAGGGCAUCAAGAGGAAUUGCAAGGAUGCAGAGUUGAACGCAGUGCUGUACACAAACAGGGCUGCGGCUCAGUUCUAUUUAGGCAACUACCGUUCCUCUCUAAAUGAUGCAGUUACUGCAAGAAAGCAAAAGCCGGACCACUUAAAGGCAGUGAUUCGAGGUGCUCUGUGCUGCAUGGAAAUAAAGAACUACGCAGAAGCUGUAAAGUGGUGCGAUGAAGGCUUAAAGAUCAGUCCAGCCGAGAAGAAACUUUUAGAAACAAGGACAAAAGCAGAUAAACUUCAUAGGGCGGCUGAGCGAGAUGCCAGGAAGUUGAAACAGGCGGAAAAAAAGAAGCAGGCAGAGAAGGAUUCACUUCUUCGUGCUAUUAAGGAUCGGGGCAUAAAAAUACUUGAACAAAGUAACAAGAAAGAAGAUGAUGAUGAAGAAGAGGAGGAGACCUCAGGACCGUUGCAAAAUGGUUCAGAAAAUGUAACAGGAGCACAAGUCUUUAUAGAUGAGAAUGGUCGACUUCAUUGGCCUGUGCUAUUCUUCUACCCAGAACAUAGUCAGACAGAUUUCAUCUCUGCAUUUCAUGAAGAAUCCAGGUUUAUUGAUCAUCUAAAUGAAAUGUUCUCACAGGAUUUACCCCCAUGGGAUGAAGAAAGAAAAUACUUAGUUCACGAUCUAGAGGUCUUCUUUGAGGAUGAAACAUCUCAGUCCUUUUACCAGGUGAAUCCAGAGAGCACAUUACUCCAGGUCUUGCAGCACAGCAGGUUUUGUGUGAAAGCUGGGACACCAUCCUUUCUCAUUUUUGUAAAGCAAUCCCCCUUCUGCAAAAAGUAUUUUUCAGACAAAAAACUUCACAGGAUACACUGAUAUUGUAAACCAAUAUGGACUUUAAAGUAGCGUCAUGUAAAGCUGACCGCUGAAUAUAUUGUACAUCUACCUACACUCACUGGCAAUUAUUAGGUACAUCUUGCAGGUACUGGGUUGUAUCCCCUUUUGCCUUCAGAAAUGCCUUCAUUCUUCGUGGCAUACUUUCUACAAGGUGCUGGAAACAUUUUAUUAAUUCGCCCGUUCCACCACAUCCCAGCGGUGAUCUAUUGGAUGAGAUCUAAUCACUAUGGAGGCCAUUGGAGUCAUGUGACCUCAUUGUCCUGUAUGAGAUGAUGUCAUGUGACAUGGGGCAUUAUCCUGCUGGAGGUAUCAUCAGAAGAUACAGGGUCCACUGUGGUCAUAAAGGGAUGGACAUGGUCACCAACAAUACAAUGCUGUGUUUAAACUAUGCUGAAUUGGUACUAAGGGGCUACACCAUUACACCACCACCAGGCUGAACUGUUGAUACAAGGCAGGAUGGAUCUGUGCUUUCAUUUUCUUUGAGCCAAAUUCUGACCUUGCUAUUUGAAUAUCACAGCUUGAAUGAAAGCUCAUCAGACCAGGCAACGCUUUUCUAGUCUUCCAUUGUCCACUAUUGGUGCCUGUGUGAAUUGUAGCCUCAUUUUCCUGUUUUUACCUGACAGGAGUUGCACCUGGUGUGGUCUUCUGCUGCUGUAACCCAUCUGCUUCAAGGUUGGAAAUGUUGUGCUUUCAGAGAUGGUAUUCUGCAUACCUUGGUUGUAACCAGUGGUUAUUUGAGCUACCAUUGCCUUCAAGUCAUCUAGAACCAGUCUACCUAUUCUUCUCUGACCUCUUUAAUCAACAAGGCAUUUUUGCCAACUGCUGCUCUCUGAAUAUUUUCGGACCAUUCUCUAUAAACCCUAGAGAUGGUUGUGCUUGAAAAUCCCAGUAGAUCAUCAGUUUCUGGAACACACAUAGGAGACUCUGGCACCAACAACCGUACCACGUUCAAAGCCACUUAAAUUUCCAUUCUUAAUCUUUCUGAUGCUCAGUUUGAACUUCAGCAAGUUGUCUUGACCACAUCUACAUGCCUAAAUGUGUUGAGUUGCUGUCAUGUGAUUGGCUGAUUAGCUAUUUGUGUUAACAAGGAAUUGAACAGGAAUACCUAAUAAAGUGGCCAGAGAGUGUA